UGUGGGGGGCCUCGUAAACAUACUACAUGAAGGCGAGGGAAGAUGGCGGAUGUGUUGAGUGUUCUUCGUCAGUAUAAUAUCCAGAAAAAGGAAAUCGUCGCUAAAGGGGAUGAGGUGAUAUUCGGCGAGUUCUCCUGGCCGAAAAAUGUGAAGACAAACUACAUAAUCUGGGGUACUGGCAAGGAGGGCCAACCCAAAGAGUAUUAUACUUUGGACUCCAUUUUAUUCUUGCUCAACAAUGUGCAUCUGCCGCAUCCUUCGUAUGUGCGGAGAGCUGCAACAGAGAACAUCCCUGUUGUCAGACGGCCGGAUCGAAAAGGAUUGCUGUCCUACCUCAAUGGCGAGAGUUCUACAUCAACAAGCAUCGACAGAAGCGCACCAAUAGAAAUAGGACUUCAAAGGGCAACACAAGUUAAAAGAGCAGCUGAUGAAGUUUCUUCUGAAGCCAAGAAACCAAGGAUUGAGGAUGCAGAACGAGUGCGACUGGACAAGGAGCGCCUGGCCGCCCGUCUGGAGGGCCACAAAGAGGGCAUUGUGCAGACGGACCAGAUCAGAUCUCUGUCCGAAGCCAUGUCUGUGGAGAAAAUCGCCGCCAUCAAAGCCAAGAUCAUGGCCAAGAAACGCUCGACCAUCAAAACGGACCUGGACGACGACAUCACGCUGAAGCAGAGGAGCUUCGUGGACGCAGAGGUGGACGUCACCAGGGACAUCGUCAGCCGAGAGCGGGUCUGGAGGACCAGGACCACCAUCCUCCAGAGCACCGGGAAGAACUUCUCGAAGAACAUCUUUGCCAUCCUUCAGUCGGUGAAAGCCAGAGAGGAAGGACGAGCACCAGAGCAGAGACCAGCACAGAACACUACCCAAGUGGACCCGUCCUUGAGGAACAAGCAGCCCGUCCCGGCCGCCUACAACAGAUACGAUCAGGAGCGAUUCAAAGGAAAAGAAGAAACGGAGGGUUUCAAAAUCGACACCAUGGGCACCUACCACGGCAUGACCCUCAAGUCAGUGACGGAAGGAGCGUCUGCCCGGAAGGCCCAGACCCCGGCGCUGCAGCCAGUACCCCGCCCAGUUUCACAAGCCAGACCUCCACCAAAUCAGAAGAAAGGAUCCCGAACCCCCAUCAUCAUCAUCCCUGCUGCCACCACCUCCCUCAUCACGAUGCUCAAUGCUAAGGAUCUUCUGCAGGAUCUGAAGUUCACUACAUCAGAGGACAAGAAGAAGCAGGGCAUCCAGCGGGACAACGAGGUUCUGCUCCAGAGGCGCAAAGACCAGAUCCAGCCGGGCGGCGCCACGCUCAGCGUCACCGUUCCCUACCGCGUCAUCGACCAGCCGCUGAAACUGGCUCCACAGGACUGGGACCGGGUGGUGGCCGUGUUCGUGCAGGGUCCCGCCUGGCAGUUCAAGGGCUGGCCGUGGCUGCUGCCCGACGGCUCUCCGGUCGACAUUUUUGCCAAAAUUCGGGCCUUCCAUUUGAAAUACGACGAGGCGAAGACGGACCCGAACGUGCAGAAAUGGGACGUGACCGUCCUGGAGCUGAGCCGCCACAAACGCCACCUCGACCGACCCGUCUUCUUACGCUUUUGGGAAACCCUCGACAGAUACAUGGUGAAACACAAAUCUCACCUCCGGUUCUGAGCUCAGAUCAGUGUUUCUCUCUGAAAUUCCCUCAAGUUAAUUCCACAGCCUUCCAACUUGGCUCGGUCCUCGUGUUUUCCCAGCAGCCAAGCCAUCCUCCACCGAGGCGGACGGAACAGCCGACGGAUUUCCCCGAAAACUCCCAAAGUGUCUGGAGUUUUCCCUCUGAACAUAAGAAAAGUCUUUUUAAUGGGUUUUUCUGUUUCAGACCCAGUUUUUGUUUUAUUUUGUUUUGUUGUUUUUUUUUCCCUUAAGUUUCCAGGUAGUUUAACAGAAAAACCAAACUACGUUUGAUAUAAAAUUCUACAAACUGCGGAAACGGUCAAAAACAAGUUACCUAGCAACAAAAACCUGAUGGAGAUGUUUCGGGUUUCCUUGUUUUUGGCCGUCUAUAUCAAGGAGAUUGUUGCUUUCCGCUCAGAACUGUUCGGAUCGGGGAAAACAACUGAAGCGACGUAGAGCUAAGAAGGAGCGCAGAGACUGUGACGACCUUCUGAUUUAGCGCGUUUGUGGCCAUAAUGUACAUACAUGAUAAAACCAGAGAGAGCCGAAGCUCUUUGAGCAGAGACGGCUGCAGGUGAGUGAUUCGGUUAUCUAAGUCAGUUCCUACUUCUGUUUUUCACGCCAUCAGCACCUCUACCGGUCAUCUAAUGACUGUCUUCUUUUUCUUCUUCGUUGGUGUUGUGCUAGAUGAGAAUAAUUGCUUUAAGUCACCACAUGAGAACGGACAAUAAAGCCUUUGUGAAACGCCUAGAUGGAUGUUGUUGGCUGGGCUGUUCGUGGCUUUUUUUUACAGCACUUUUAUUUGAUGAUGCCAAGAAAACCAAAGUAUUCCCAGAAUAUCUUUCAUGUGCCGAUCUGUCUUUCUUUUUCUUGUUUCCUUGUGUCUCACUGCUUCCCCUGUUUCUUUCCUUUUCUCUAUCCUCCCUCUCGUCUUUCAUUCAUUGGGACCUUCCUUUUGUUUUUGUUUCCUUCAUUGUCCAUUCCUCUUUCCAGCCCUCUGUCCUACCUCAUCCCCUCAUUGUUACUUCCGUCUCCGUCCCUUUUCUUCCUUGCCUUGUUUGCUUUCCUUACCCACUUGUCUAUAUCUCUUUCCUUUCUUGUAUUUUUUUCAUUCCUUUCUUCUUUUCUGUCCACCAUCGUCUCAUUUCCCUUCCACUUGCCUGCUCUCUCUUUGUUUCCUUGUCAUCCUUCCUUUCUAAAUUGUCCUCAACAUCUUUUGGUCCUACUUUCUUUUUUCCCCCUCUUUCUUAAGCUGCUCUAAUCUGGAAAUAUCACCCAUAGGCUCAUAAAAAUGUUUAGUUUUUAUGUCUUAAAUGAAUGUAAACAUCUACAAAUUCCGGAAAGUUGAAUCAGGAAAAAUCUGUAGAUUUUUUUUUUCUAACAUAAAAAAUGAAUAGGAAUCCUGCAACCUGUCAGCAGUUGGUUUAAAACCAAACGGCUGCUUUUGUCUGAGACCUUCAGCGAAUAAUUGGGAAAAACCUGAAGAAUGCAGAUAACAGAGUCUCGGGUCAUGUGACUUGGAAUCGAGUCACAUGACUUUAGACUCGAUGAUUUCAUAAAGACUCUCAACUUGACUAGGGCCGUUACACCACUGACUCAUCACUUCACUUAAACCCAAACCCUUUGACUUGAAAAGAUUUAAUCUGAAACCAAGCAUGUUCACAAAAAUACUGGAUGUCAGAGCUGCCACAAAUUGGUGGCCGUUUUCGUGGGUGACGAAUCCAAAAAAGGCUUUAGAAUGGAGAGCUUUUUACGGUUUCCUGUUUUUGCUGUUUUCAAGUGUAAAAGUAUAAUACAGCUUUUAAACUCGCUUCCUCCCCUUAAAGCCAAGCAGGUGAAUAACGUACAGAAAAAGUAUUACAUGCCUUUAUUUAGGUUCCAAAUGGCAAAAAACACAUUUACUCUAGCAAGCUGCUUUAUUUCGCUACAUGCAAAUUAGUAAGGUGCAUUAUCUUAACUGAAACAGCAAAACAGAACCAGUACGUUUUGGUAAUAAGCUAGUCCUGCUAGCUUUGAUUCACUGGCUGCUUAUGGGCUCACAGCAAAGGUUUGGAGCACAAAAAGCUCAUUCAGCACAGUUAAGCUCACAUUAUUAGUUUAUUAAUUAGCCUUAAUUUAUCAUUCUUUGUGUUGGUUUAAAUGUCAGAAGCAAAUCAGAUGUUGCCUCUCGAUUUAUUUUUCAACCUAUAAUCGUUCUUUUCGAUCAUCUCGUCUGUUCAAGCAAAUUCUAAUUAUUUUUUCUGGUGUUCAAUGUGGGGAUUAUGAGAAUUGACUAAAAUCUGUCUGCAAAUUAAUAAAUCUAACUCCAACCGAGGCAGGGAAUAGAUUAAAGUGUAUUUCAUUGAAUAUUUACUGUGAAAUUAACAGCAGAGACGCGUUUAUUUUACUUUCUUGUGCUGCUUGUUCAGACAAUUCAGAAUCCCCAAAUUACUCUGAUUUACAUCACAAAUUCAGUCAAAUGACUCGCUUGUAAUUCUUAAUUACACAUCUAAAUGGAUUCAACUAGACUUGGUGGAAAGUCUUGUGACUGGCAGUGUAAAGCCUUGUUCACAUCUCUGCGGUACCAGUGAAACAGAGAGUUGAGCCUGGUGGUUUUGUGGCACCGUUGGCCUGAUUUCAACAGUUUCAGUAAUUUCCUGGAAAGGGUCUAAGGACUAUUGCAAUGUUCGGUCUGGUAGAAUAUUGCAAAGGAUGCAUGUAUGCUUUAGGCCAUGAAACGGCAAACUUUGUUGGAGUCGUUUUGAAUGGACGACCUCAGUUAGGAACGACUGUCCUGCGCAGCUCAGUCUACUGAAAUAAGAUGUUCACAAAAUAAUGACCUGGUGGGUUCAUUUAAUUUUGUUAGUCGCUUUGACACAUUUUUCCUUUAUGAAUCUGAGUAUAAUGCUUACAGUAUAAGCUUUUUCCUUAUGGCUUAUAUUGUACAAGCCAUAAGGAAAAUGCAAAAUGCACCCCCACAAGAGAGCAACACUGAAAGACCUGCCUGGUUUUUAUAGUAUUUCACUUUAUAUAUAUUAAAUCAUGACUUAUACUGAGUAUUAAGGCCCUUUAAGAAAAAAUACAAUUACGAGGAUAAGCUUGUACAAUAAUAAACAUCACGAAUAGUCAUAGUAUAAUAAAAUCACACGAGAAUACAGUCAGUAUUACGAGAAAAUAUUUCAAGUAAAGUCUAAGAGAAGUGAUUAUUCUCAAAAUGUGACUCUGCUCGUAUUGUUUCGACUUUAUUCUCGAAGUAUAUUCUCGUCAUACUACGAUUUUAUUCUAAUUUUAUCCCGCUUUUAUUCUCGUAACUUUGACUAUUUUCUUCGUGUGGCCUUAAUACUCCGUCGUGUGGAAACAACUGAUCUCUCUGCUCUUUGCCAGCCGUUGGAUCAGAACAGGCGUGUUGGCCACGAACCUGUGAACCUGAAAUCUGCCACGGUUUUCUUCUUAUGCAACACCGAGCUUCAGAGGUGAGAGGUGGCGCCCCCAAGGGGAGGAGGUGGUGCGGUGCGAGCCGUGGCCCACUUGCCAAAUGUUGGCCACCCCAGAGAAUCGUGUUAAUGCAUAUAGUGUUAUCUUCAGUCAGGGCGUAAAUGUAAAACCCAAUAAAUUAAUAAAUAAAAGGGGCAACAGCAGCGUUAGUUUGAUAUGUUUAUGUCUGUAAACUGACUAUUUUCACUGGGGGGCAGGAGUAAUGCUUAAGACCAGUUUUAAAGGGAAUAUGUCUGUUUAAUAUUCCUGAAACGUGUGAUGGUCAUUUAUGGCCGUCAGCUGACUUUCCGGUUUCCUAGCAGGUCAAAGCCAUGAAAGGUUAAAGACGCUGGCUGUUCAGAGUGCCGUGUCCCAGCAUAUAGUGGAAAAGUGGAGUGGAAUGAAAACAUCUGGUAGAAAAAAAACAUACGCAAUAAACGAGGAUAACUGCAAUCUUUUUUUUUAAAUUAUAAUUUGUCAUAAGUUCUUUACUAAUCGGCACCGCAGCAUGGAUUUAAAAAUAUAUAUAUUUUCAUCCUAAGAAUAUUUAACUUGAAAAUUGUUUUAAAUUUACUAAAAAUUAUCAAUUCAAAAAUGUGGAUAUUCCAUAUAUUCCAAAAAUAUGGAAUGUAUGAAAUCAUAACUAUUAUAUGUUGUAUUGUUGCAGGAGGAAUAAUUCAUGAUUUUCUAUUUUAACUAAAAAAAAAAAUUAAUUCCUGCUAAAUAAUUUUGUUUUUUUCCCCCUAAAUAACAUACAACACUCUAAUAUCGUAUCUAUAUUAUUAGUAGUAUUAUAUUUGUAGUAUUUGUACUAUAGCAUUACUCUUAUAAAUUUGAGGCAACACCGCCACCUCCUGGAGCCACAGUGAACUGCUUGUUCUAUUCAAACUAAGAACCUGUUAAAAUUAACUUGGUUCAGGCGGCUGGCAAACCUGAUGACUCUACUGCGUGUUUGUCCUGUCAAAUCCCAAACCAACCAACGUGAAUCCAAUCCGAUAUGUAGUCUAAAUGUUUCCAAUGGCAAAAUAAAAAAUAAAACGGAACACAGACAGACGCAGUAAACAUGAAUCCCUCUCUGUUCCCGGAACUGAUUGUGUUUGUUUUCUAAACUGUUUUUCCCAGCAGAGCGGUGCUUCUGCUGGGCAGCGUGACGGUGGCCUGGCUGCGUGGGGGGGAACGACCUUGACCUCUGAACGCAAUUAUUGUGAAAUUUGGUGUCCUAAUAAAUACAUUUGAGCUCUUUGAUCGAAUAGAAAACAUCGUCCAGCUGCUUUUGGAGAAUGGAUUAUGAUUGCAUAAGUAACCCGAUGUGGAGAUGAUCUGACCCUGUAUUUUAUUUGGGUUUUUUUUUUUUUUUGUAACUAAUUUAGAAAUAUUUAAAGAAAAAAAAAUAGUACUUUUUUUUUAUUAUUAUUCAUUACAAGUGUUUUUUUUUCCUUUUUUUUUGUCUAACAAAUUUGUUUGCACCGUUUUGGCAGAACUACUGUUUACUCCAGAUUUCCUAACUUUUGGAAGUCUGCCCUGAAUAAUUAUUAACUACUUCUGUCCGGAGCUGGGAUUUUGUUCCAAUCCACAGAGGAACUUUGUUAUUCCUGACAAAAUGUGUGUGAGGUAUCUGGGAUUUGUGCUUCUGGCUUGGCUUCCUGGCCUCCUGCACGCUCAAAUAACCUGUAGUCCUCCCGAGCUCACUAAUGGCUAUUUUGUCCCACAGCAAGAUGGACGAACCUUGACUUAUAGCUGUGAAACUGGAUUUAAGCCGGUGGUGGAGGGCUGGUGGGCAACAAGCACCUGCCAGAAAGGCGAAUGGACUCAUACCCCUCGGUGUGUAGAUAGUAGCUCCUGCCUUCCACCUUCUAUUGAAAAUGGGAAGCCCGAAGAAGCACCUAGGGAUUUGUAUGAAAACCAAGACGAGAUCACAGUCGUCUGUGAAGAUGGGUUUAACAUGGAACCCCCCUCCGGCAGUAUUCGAUGCUCAAAUGGAAUAUGGCUUCCCCCGCUUGUUUGUGAGAGAAGCAAUAAUACAUGUAAUGAGCCUGAUAAAAUCCCCUAUGCAGUCAUCAUUCAGGAACCCAAGGAGGUUUACGGCCCUAACUCUCUCGUAGAGUAUCAAUGUGGAAAUGGAUACACUACAGGCCAAGCAAAUGACAGAGGAACUAUUACUUGCCAAAACGGAACCUGGACUGAAGCACAACCAUGCAUUCCUGCCGCUUCAGCCUGUGUGUUGGAUAUGCGAAGACUGAAUAUUGACGAAACGUCACAGAUCAACAUAAAGGAUGGAGAGACAAAGAAGAUUGAUUGUACACAGUGGCAGGGUUACUCGAUGUUUGCUAGGUGCUCUAAUGGAAGAAUAGAAGCAACCAACUGUUGCCACAUUGCCGACAUUAAGCGAAAUUUUUGCAAAUUUUCCGAAGCGCUGAAACAUUUCCUGGCUUUGGAUUCAUCCACCGCAAGCAGAGAAUGAAGUGACAUCAGAGAUAUUUCUGACAGAAACACCUGGAAGGAAACUUUUUCUUUUUUUAGUUAAAUUCUGUUGAUUGUUGGUUGACAGUAAAUAUAAAAUGCUUGACUUUGUCUAAAAUAAAAUAUUUCGACAGGA